AUGGGCACCUGGGAAACCGACCAUCCAAAUGAGCAACAAGAGAGGUGGCAGUUACCUCCCACAAGUCAGCGAAAUUGCCGACUUGCCAGCGACCGUUUGCUGACGUCAUCAACAACCACAAGCUACUCCCACCUCUACCAACGGCAUAAUUACCUGCUUCCGUGGUCCUCCCUUAAUUCCCCAAGGUCCGAUUCCCAAAACAGGUCUUCCCCUAAUUCCCCAAGGUCCCGAUUCCCAAAACAGGUCUCUCCCCUAAUUCCCCAAGGUCCCGAUUCCCAAAACAGGUCUCCCCCUAAUUCCCCCAAGGUCCCGAUUCCCAAAACAGGUCUCUCCCCUAAUUCCCCAAGGUCCCGAUUCCCAAAACAGGUCUCUCCCUCAUUCCCCAGGUCCCGAUUCCCAACAGGUCUCGCCCCUAAUUUCCCCAAGGUCCGAUUCCCAAAACAGGUCUCCCCGAAUUCCCAAGGUCCCGAUUCCCAAAAACAGGUUCCUCUCCCCUCAUUCCCCAAGCGUCCGAUUCCCAAAACAGGUCUCUCCCCUAAUUCCCCAAGGUCCCGAUUCCCAAAACAGGUCUCCCCUAAUUCCCCAAGGUCCCGAUUCCCAAAACAGGUCUCCCCUAAUUCCCAAGGUCCCGAUCCCAAAACAGGUCUCUCCCCUCAUUCCCCAAGGUCCCGAUUUCCCAAAACAGUUCUCUCCCCUCAUUCCCCAAGGUCCCGAUUCCCAAACAGGUCUUCCCCUCCAAUUCCCCAAGGUCCCGAUUCCCAAACAGGUCUCUCCCUCAUUCCCAAGCGGUCCCCGAUUCCCAAAACAGGUCUCUCCCCUAAUUCCCCAAGGUCCCGAUUCCCAAAACAGUCCUCUCCCCUCAUUCCCAAGUCCCGAUUCCAAAAACAGGUCUCUCCCCUAAUUCCCCAAGGUCCCGAUUCCCAAAACAGGUCCCGAUCCAAAACAGGUCUCUCCCCUCAUUCCCCAAGGUCCCGGUCCCCCGAUUCCCAAAACAGGUUCUCUCCCCUAAAUUCCCAGUCCCGAUUCCCAAAACAGGUCCCGAUUCCCAAAACAGGUCUCUCCCCUAAUUCCCCAAGGUCCCGAUUCCCAAAACAGGUCUCCCCCCUAAUUCCCAAUUCUCUCGAUGACCUUGGGCCUAUGUCGCUAAACCCUAUACCAUGCAAACUACACGAGAGAAUAUUCGCGAAGGAACUGUAG